AAGUCGAGCGCAGCAGAGUAACACAGAUACGACGAGAAUUCAAAAAAGAUCACCGCGAAUCCAACGCUGCUUUGUUAUGAAGUUGUAUGCGAUAUUUACCUGGUACUUUCUUUUUGAAGUCGUACUUUGGUUGUCACAUUGUUCAUAUUUUAAUGUACACUAGUCGUAACGAAGUUGAGUCCGUGGCCUGAAGAAAACGACAUGUCUACAAAGAAACUGGCGAAACAACUAGGGUUUGUGAGGAAACGCAGCCAGUCAUCAACUGGACAGAAGAAACCACUAACAUCGAAUCAAAUAUUCCCAUAUCUGAUUGUCAUUGACUUUGAAUCCACAUGCUGGAGAGAGAGGAACAGCUAUGGGCAGGAGAUUAUUGAGUUUCCUGCUGUUCUCCUGAACACCUCUACAGGCGAGGUGGAGUCAGAGUUCCAUACGUACGUUCAGCCGCAGGAGCACCCCACGCUGUCUGACUUCUGCACCGAGCUCACUGGAAUCACACAGCAACAGGUGGAGGCCGGAGUUCCCCUUCACAUCUGUCUGUCCCGGUUCUCCCGGUGGCUCCAGGCUCUGGAGCACCAGAGGGGUGUGGUCUUCCCCAGGGACCAGAGGGCUCCAGUCGCAGAGCAGCGCCCCUGUGCCUUCGUCACCUGGUCAGACUGGGACCUGGGGGUGUGUCUGCUGUAUGAGUGUAAACGGAAGCAGCUCCACAAACCUGCUGUUCUGAACAGCUGGAUAGACCUGAGAGCUACGUACAGGCUGUUCUACAACAGAAAACCCAAGGGACUGAAUGGAGCUUUACAGGAUCUAGGGAUACAAUUCUCUGGACGAGAGCACUCAGGUCUGGAUGACGCCCGCAACACUGCCCACCUGGCCUGGAGGAUGAUGAGGGAUGGCUGUGUGAUGAAGAUUACGCGCAGUCUGGAGAGGGCACCUUUGAAGACCAAACCCCUGUUUGGAAAUGGGAAUGGUUGUCCUAGCAACAAGGGGGAUAACAAAACCACUAUCAAAAACCCCUCCAAGACGACAGAGAGCGGCGGCCAUCUUGAAAAUCGACCCAACAGCAAGCCAGUUAGCAACACAGACGUUGUUGAAACACGAGCCAAGCCUUCAGACAACCCGGUUCCCAACACAGAGGUGAACUCCAACUUAACCGCUGAACCUGUUCAGUAUCAGAGUAUUGUUUCACCAAAGACCCUUCUAAAUGGUCUGACCACUCCAAUGUGUGGUAGUAGUGGCAGCAGCAGAACAGUUCGAAUAGGAACGAUACGGUCCGUCUCCUCUCCUAUGACUUUCAAUAUCCCCUCUCCUCAUCACUACAUCAACAGCCUCGUUCUGGUCUCCACCACUGUCAAUUGCAUUACCCAUCUACCCCAGCCAGACCCGACCCUUGACCCGGAAACAGGAAGUAUGGAGGAGGACGUGCCCAUCUUGGUGGAAACGGAGUCGUGCGGUUCGUAUGACGACGUGGUAUUGGAGGAGGACUGCGAUGUCACGGUUGGUGACGAGGAUUCUGUUGCUGAUGUGUACACCGAGAACGAGAGGUUUGAGGUGGAUGAUAGCUCGGUCUGCGGGAGGACCUUGCUGUGUCCAAGCCCAGUACAUUCAAAUCCUGGUAGAGGUCCAACCAACAGUAGGCCUAGUUCCAAUACCACCAACACGCCCUGCCAACAUCUCACCAGACUGGUACACAAGAGCGAUAGUAGAACGUCCUCCAGUAACUUGGUGUCUUUGAAGGCUGAGACAACAAGGACCUACAACACCUCUGCACCCACUAGUCUGUCCACUUCCUCUUUUGUCAAACCCAGACCUGUUACCCCUGGCUCAAACCUCUCAGAUACACGGUCAAGACUGACCACGGAAACGUCAUUCUCCUUUGUGAUCGACAAGGACGAAUCGAGGUCAUCCUCCAGUUCUGCAAAAGCUGAGACAACGAGGAUAUACAACACCUCUGGGUCCAAUAGUUCAUGCAGUUUCUCCUUUGCCAAACCCAGACCUGUUACCCACGAUUCCAACCGCUCAGCUACACGGUCAAGACCUCAAACGGCAACAUCGAACAACUCCUUUGUGAUCUACAAGGACAAGCCAAGAGUCUCAAAUACCUCUUCUACAUCCAGUAUUUCUAUCUCAUCCAAUACCUCAACAGCAUCCAGUCAUUCCUUUGUCAAACCCAGACCAGGCCUCCAGAGCUACAACCUCCAUGCUACACGGUCAAGACCUCUCACAACAAAAAACCCUGGGAACUACUUCACAUCCAUGUCCUCUACUACAAACCUUCCUAAUCCUUCUUUCGUUAGACCCAAACCAGUUACCACCAGCAGUAACCUCUCUGCUUCACACACACAGACACCAAACAGCUCUGCAUCCAAUCUUUCCUUUGCCAGGCCCAGACCUGUCGUCCAUAACCUUAACCCAUCGACUUCACGUUCAAGGCUGCACGCAGAGACGCCAAAAGCAUCUUUCACGAUCCACAAGGACUCCUCUUGCCUCUCUUCUGUCUCUCGUACUUCUGUCGGUGGAUCGUUCUCCAUCCUCUCCUCGUCCGUUAACCGGUCCUCGUUCCCGCCGACCCGCAGCACCAAGAUCACGGCCCCGCUGUGCGACUGUGGGCGACGAGCCAAGCGUCUAACGGUGUGUAACGGCGGCCCGAACCAAGGCAGAGCGUUCUACUGCUGUGCGGUGCGUAAACACGGCCCUGGGGGGACCAGGAAGGGAUGUGAGUUAUUUAAGUGGGAGUCUGCUCUCCUCCAGGCUAAAUCACCAGCCUCCUCUGCCGCCUCCAUCGCUCUGUGUUUUGGUCUCAACUCCAGUGUCGUUCGUCCCCCUGUCAUCAUCUAGGACGAGAUAUCAGUUAGCUUGAGGUCAUAGGGAGACUCAAUAGCAAUUUCCUUCUCAUCCAAUGGGUUUGUGAGGUGGUGAGGAGAGGACACGAGGAAUCAAGGAAAUGUAAUUGAGAUUCUCCUCUAGAUUCUCCUAACAAAGGUGUCAUUUUAAACUGUACUUUAUGAAAAUAUGUAUGAUGUGUGUUUUGAGUGUAUGAUUUAUGUCCACAUACUAAAUCUGGUGCAUUCAUUGACCAAUAUCCUGUACAGUUUUCUAAAUAGAAUUGAUCCUCAUAAUGUGAGAUGUCAUGAUGAAAUGUUAAAAUACUUUUUAGGUCGGCAUUGUCGUAAUAAAAUAUGUCAUGAAUUGUAUUAGAUGGGUUCUAUUGUUGUAAAUACAACAGUUGAGGUAAUCAUGGCAACAUCCACAUUAAUGUGAAAGUGUUUAUUUUUGUGACUCCAAAAUGACACACUACGUUAUGUACCAUUAAUUUAUAUUCGUUAUAACAUAAUCUGAAACACAACUAAAAAGGAAAUGCAAAUGGUAUAUGAUAUACAUCUAUAGAGUUGAUAUGAUCAUUGCGUGCUAGGAAUGUGGGACCAAAUACUAAACCUCUGACUACUGUAUAAGAAUCUUUAGGGGUGUCAAUUUGUUGUUGUAUUACUUGUUAAACAAAAUCUCUGAGUGAUUGUAUAAAAUAAUAGAAUUCCCCCCUUUUUUUGCACACAAUAUAGUUGUGUUUGAAUUAUUUUAUACAGUCAUUAUUGCUCAUCUUUAUUAAGGGUGUCAAUUUCACACCCCACUGUGUAUAUGAUGUUACUUUAUGGGGGACUGAGGUCCAGAAAGAAGUACUCAGUAGGGUCUAUAGAAUCUAUAUGGUGUUAUGUCGUGGUGGACUGAGGUCUAUAGGCCCAGAAAGGAAGUACUCAGUAGGGUCUAUAGAAUCUAUAUAUAUGGUGUUAUGUCGUGGUGGACUGAGGUCUAUAGGCCCAGAAAGGAAGUACUCAGUAGGGUCUGUAGAAUCAAUAUACGGGUGACUCAGUUGGUAGAGCGUGGUGCUUGCAACGCCAGGGUUGUGGGUUCGAUUCCCACAGGGGACCAGUAGCCUAUGGAUAUGUAUGCACUCACUACUGUAAGUCUCUCUGGAUGAGAGUGUCUCCUAAAUGACUCACUAAAUGUAAGUCUCUCUGGAUAAGAGUGUCUGCUAAAUGACUCACUACCCUAAGUCUCUGGAUAAGAGUGUCUGCUAAAUGACUCACUACCCUAAGUCUCUCUGGAUGAGAGUGUCUCCUAAAUGACUCACUACUCUAAGUCUCUGGAUAAGAGAGUCUGCUAAAUGACUCACUAAAUGUAAGUCUCUCUGGAUAAGAGAAUCUGCUAAAUGACUCACUAAAUGUAAGUCUCUCUGGAUAAGAGUAUCUGCUAAAUGACUCACUAAAUGUAAGUCUCUCUGGAUAAGAGAAUCUGCUAAAUGACUCACUACCCUAAGACUCUGGAUAAGAGUGUCUGCUAAAUGACUCACUAAAUGUAAGUCUCUCUGGAUAAGAGAAUCUGCUAAAUGACUCACUAAAUGUAAGUCUCUCUGGAUAAGAGAAUCUGCUAAAUGACUCACUACCCUAAGUCUCUCUGGAUGAGAGUGUCUCCUAAAUGACUCACUACUCUAAGUCUCUGGAUAAGAGAGUCUGCUAAAUGACUCACUAAAUGUAAGUCUCUCUGGAUAAGAGAAUCUGCUAAAUGACUCACUAAAUGUAAGUCUCUCUGGAUAAGAGAAUCUGCUAAAUGACUCACUACCCUAAGACUCUGGAUAAGAGUGUCUGCUAAAUGACUCACUAUUGUAAGUCUCUCUGGAUGAGACCAUCUGCUAAAUGACUAACAUGUAAAUACAGUGUAUUGCAUUGGAACCAAGUGGGUGGAGUAGAAAGUGCUGCUGGGUAUUUAGACCACAGUCCCACAAGAAAUGGCACCAUAUACAGAUUCUACAGACCCUAUACAGUAAUCUAUACAGACCAUAUACAAUAACCUAUACAGACCCCAUACAGUACCCUAUACAGUAAUCCCAACCCAGCUUUACUUCCACACACAGAAUAGUUUUUUUCUCUCUCUCUCUAAACCAAUUUCUAAAUUUAUAGGCCUACAAUGUAUUCCAGUGGGUUGGGUAGAAGGUGCUGCUGGGUAUUUAGACCACAGUCCCAUAAGAAAUAACACACUAUAGAUUCUACAGACCCUAUACAGUAAUCACAUUAUAUAGAUUCUACAGACCCUAUACAGUAAUCACAUCAUAGAUUCUACAGACCCUAUACAGUACAGUAAUCACAUCAUAGAUUCUACAGACCCUAUACAGUAAUCACAUUAUAUAGAUUCUACAGACCCUAUACAGUAAUCACAUUAUAUAUAGAUUCUACAGACCCUAUACAGUAAUCACAUUAUAUAUAGAUUCUACAGACCCUACACAGUAAUCACAUUAUAUAGAUUCUAGAGUAUUCCCAACCCCACUUUUUCUCAGCACAUAGAAUAGUUUUUUCUCUACAUCCCAAAGUUGUGAAUAUACCAAACGGAACAUUGUUUUUCGAUAGUGGUCUGAAAUGGUUUUUGAAGCAUGUUAGUAAUUGUUUCCAUAAAGUACUCCUUGCAUUUGUUUAUAAAUCACAAUAAAAAUGGACAUUGAUUCAAA